CGACAAACGUUCACAAUCCACAAAACAGUUUCGAUUCCAUUGAAUUUACAAGUUAUUACGUGUAACUAGUUAUAAUUGGAAGUUUUUCUAAUUUGAAUACCCUUUAUAUGAAAUUCGUUUGAACGAAUUUUUUUAAAAACAAAGUUUUCUUAAUGGACAAAUAGUAUUUUUGAGUUGAGUUUCAUUCUUAGCUGUGCUCCAAGAGUUUACGCAGAUUUGCGAUUAUAAAUAACUUUUUAAAUGGCCGUCUCUUUGUGUGUACUACGUAUUGAAAUAGACGAAGAACUGUCCGAAAUGGCAGACGGUGUUAACAAUGACGCCUCUAAGGACCAGAAAAAAAAGGACCGAGGAGCAAGGGAAUCCAAAACCAUAACAGUUGAAACAUAUGCUAGUAUUCUUAGUGGACCCAACACUGACCCAGGCAUACUACCUACAAGUUCCCGCCGCUCACCUCCAGAGUCCAGCAGUAUAUCUGAAGAUGAUAACACUAUUAGUUUUUUCUGUGGAAAUCCACUAGUUGAAAUUACUAAGGGCAUAUUACACUUGUACAAGGAAAAUGAAAUGAAAGAAGCAGAAGAAGCCAAGACACUUUGCCUACUCGCAGUUCCUGGUGCUUUAGGUGCACCUGACCUGCUUGCAUUUGCUGCAGCUUGUCAACAGGAUAUUGCACAUGUGAGGGUUCUCAGAGAUGGUUCACCUGAUCAUUACAUGGCACUAUUAACAUUUCGCACUAGUCAAGCAGCUCGAGAAUUCCAUGGGGCUUUUGAUGGGGUUCCAUAUAGUAGUUUGGAACCAAAUGCACUGUGUCAUACAGCCUGGGUGUCAAGGGUUGAAUGGGCAAAGGAUGGUUCCCCACCACCAUCACACACUGAGCUCCCUACUUGUCCUGUUUGUUUGGAGCGCAUGGACGAGAGCGUGGCGGGCGUGCUGAGCGUGCAGUGCGCGCACGCCUUCCACGCGGAGUGUCUGGCGCGCAGUCGCGACCUGCGCUGCCCCGUGUGCCGCUGCGCGCAGACCCCCGAGCCGAGGGCGAGCGCGCGCUGCCAGCUCUGCGACGCGCCCCACCGAGGUACUGUCCCUAGUGUGUACCGUGAGCGUGCCGCGGGGACGCCGGCCGCUGCCUUCGUUGGCGUCCCGACUUCUGAUAUUUGACAGUAAAGGAGAUUGCCCAUUCUUGGUUUCGUGUUGUGCUACGAUCAAAUAUAUAUUAAAAAUUAAGUUUUUAGCCCAUUCUUGGUUUCGUGUUGUGCUACUAUCAAAUAUAUAUUAAAAAUUAAGUUUUUACUUUUAAAAAUUUCCUCAAAAAUAUUAAGUUAUAACUUCGCCGGGUAUAGAAGAUUAAAAUAAUUAGUAACUUACAAACUUCUAACCUAGUAGUAGUUCAAUUUUCCCAAUGAAAAGGCAAAGAUAAUAUAUCAUACAGCCUAAUCUUUAAAAAAAUAUGAUAUUAUGGAGUGAUAUG